CGCUAAACAGCAGUGAGUGCGCCUCACUCACCGUCCUUUUAGAACUCAAAAAAAUAAAAAAAUAAAUAAAAAACACAAAACAUACAAAAAUCUUUAUAAAAAAUAAUUAAGUAGCGGAACAUCAGCUUGAGAAAACUACAAAUUAGAAAAUUUAUAAAAAUCGUAAAUACAGAUUUUUUAUUUUAUUUUAUUUUUUUUAAGAAAACGGAAGGCCUCGGGCUUAUUUGGCCUGACGUUUAAAAAAAUAUAUUAAAACAAAUAUUUAAAAAAGAAGAAAACUUGGAAAAAGCAGGAGUUCUUAAGGGAUUCCACAUCACUUCCACGCUGUUACCGGGGCUGUCAGUUGUCCUGCCAUUUUAAGUUGAGUCCUGCAAAACUUUUACAGAAUACCGGACCGUGUGGGUAGAAACAAAUAACCUCUGUAAUAACAGAGCGGCAUACGUUACGUUUUCUAAAUACUCCAUAAAUUCGGAAGCAAGGUGAUUGCGCGACUGGACAUUUCGCAGCGCAGCUCUCGCAAUACGUUGCGCCCAUACGGUUUCACGCCCGAGAAAUGAACACAGCGACAACGGGGAGUUAUCCGAUGGCUUCUCUCUACGUUGGCGACCUGCACCCCGACAUAACCGAGGCAAUGCUCUACGAGAAAUUCAGCCCGGCCGGACCCGUGCUGUCCAUUCGCGUCUGUCGCGACAUGAUCACCCGACGUUCCCUGGGUUACGCCUAUGUGAACUUUCAGCAACCCGCAGACGCGGAGCGAGCUCUCGACACCAUGAACUUCGACGUGGUGAAGGGGAAGCCCAUUCGAAUCAUGUGGUCCCAGAGGGACCCCUCGCUCAGGAAGUCCGGGGUGGGGAACGUCUUCAUCAAGAACCUGGACAAGUCCAUCGACAACAAGGCCCUCUAUGACACCUUCUCUGCAUUCGGAAACAUCCUGUCCUGCAAGGUGGUGUGCGAUGAGAACGGCUCUAAAGGCUACGCCUUCGUGCACUUCGAGACACAGGAUGCCGCCGACCGCGCCAUUGAGAAGAUGAACGGCAUGCUGCUGAACGACCGCAAGGUGUUUGUGGGACGUUUCAAAUCUCGGAAGGAGAGGGAGGCCGAGCUGGGAGCCAAAGCCAAGGAGUUCACCAACGUCUACAUCAAGAACUUUGGCGAGGACAUGGAUGAUGACAGGCUCAAAGAGCUCUUUGACAAGUACGGAAAAACCCUCAGUGUGAAAGUGAUGACCGAUCCCACCGGGAAGUCACGAGGAUUCGGCUUCGUCAGCUACGAGAAGCACGAAGACGCCAACAAGGCGGUGGAGGAUAUGAACGGCACAGAGCUGAACGGGAAGGCGGUGUUCGUGGGCCGGGCUCAGAAGAGGAUGGAGCGGCAGGCGGAGCUGAAGAGGAAGUUUGAGCAGCUGAAGCAGGAGCGAAUCAGCAGAUACCAGGGUGUGAACCUCUACAUCAAGAACUUGGACGACACCAUUGACGAUGAAAAAUUGCGCAAGGAAUUCUCUCCCUUUGGCUCCAUAACCAGUGCCAAAGUGAUGCUGGAGGAGGGCCGCUCGAAGGGCUUCGGGUUCGUGUGCUUCUCGUCGCCCGAGGAGGCCACCAAGGCGGUGACGGAGAUGAACGGCCGCAUCGUGGGCUCCAAGCCGCUGUACGUGGCGCUGGCCCAGCGCAAGGAGGAGCGCAAGGCCCACCUCACCAACCAGUACAUGCAGCGCAUCGCCGGCAUGCGCGCUGUCCCCGCCAACGCCAUCAUCAACCAGUUCCAGCCGCCGGGAGGAUACUUCAUGCCCGCCGUGCCCCAGGCCCAGAACAGAACAACCUACUAUGCGCCCAACCAGCUUGCCCAGAUGCGGCCCAACCCUCGCUGGCAGCAGCAGGGGGGCCGGGCCCAAGGUGGGUUCCAGGGAAUGCCGAACUCACUGCGCCAACCAGGUCCUCGUGCCAAUCUGAGACACCUGGCCCCCGGGGCCAACACGCAGGGGCCCCGUGGCAUGACCUCCGGGGGGCAGAGAAUGGCUGGUGGGGGUCAGCCCCUGGGGCCCCGCCCAUCCAUGGGGGUCCCCACCCCCCGCGCCAUGCCGCCCUACAAAUACGCCUCCACCGUGAGGAACAGCCAGCCGCAGGGCGUGCAGCCCAUCGCUCUGCAGCAGGCCCAGCCGGCUGUUCAUGUACAGGGCCAGGAGCCACUCACCGCGUCCAUGCUGGCUGCAGCCCCGCCCCAGGAACAGAAACAGAUGCUCGGUGAACGUCUGUUCCCCCUGAUCCAGGCGAUGCACCCCAGCCUCGCUGGCAAGAUCACUGGCAUGCUGCUGGAGAUUGACAACUCGGAGCUGCUGCACAUGCUGGAGUCCCACGAGUCUCUGCGGUCCAAGGUUGAGGAAGCCGUCGCCGUUCUGCAGGCCCACCAGGCUAAGAAGGACGCCACUCAGAAAGUGGGGGUCAUCACCACGGCAACGGCUGCAGCCACUUCCUGACCUUAGCGCUGACCCCAAACGCAGGACGACCCAACCAACCACACGGCUGCAGGAGCUGGAGUUUGGAGAGAAUCCCUGCAUCCUAAUGACUGUCCACUAGAGGUCCCUCAAUACACACUACACACACACUAUACACAUACUUACACACAGACACACAUUAUGCACACUAUACACACACACUCACCACACACACACAUACACACACUGUCCACUUGAGGUCCCUCUAUACACACAUACACACAUUAUACACAUACACUAUACACACACACCACACACACACACUGUCCACUAGAGGUCCCUCUUACACACACUACACACAUAGAUACACACACACCACACAUACACUUUCCACUAGAUGGCCCUCUAACACACACUACACACAUACAUACACACACACUCUGUCCACUCACACACUAUACACACACAUACACACACACACCACACACUCACUUUCCACUAGAGGUCCCUCUAACACACUGUGCACACACAGGCAGACACAGACAUACACUAGAAAGCCAAACAAUACACACAAAGCAUACUUGAAAAUACAUUUUUCAAAAAGCAUAAUUACAGUUCUUUGAAAUUAUAUUUUAGUACUGUAAUUAUUUAUCUAAAAUAAUAUAUUAAAAACAGCACAGAGAGAGAGAGAGGGGUUUAUUUCUAAAUGUAAACCUCUCCACUCUGUGGCCAGGCCAAAUCCUUUUUUUCUAUUAGAAAAUAUCUCUUCUUCUUUCUUUGAUUUGUUUGGAAGUUGUGUGCUUGCUGCUUUGAUUGGGACUGUUGGAUUCCUCCAUCCCAUAAAAUACAUUUGGGUGAUGUGGCUCUGUCAAUAAAGGGAUGAAAUAAUCAGCAA